AUGGGAAGAUUAUCGUAUAUUCGGCGCUUUAUCCCAGGUCUUGCUGCCACCAUGAGUGCUUUUACUCCAUUGCUCAAGAAAGACAAGCCGUAUGAAUGGAGUAAGAAGUGCCAAGAAGCUUACAAGCAAGUGCAACAAAUAAUCACCAAGCUGCCCACUAUGAAAGCACCUAUUCCGGGGCUUCCUCUCAAGCUUUAUUUGGCUGCAACAAACACAGCGGUUGGGGCCUUACUUGCUCAAGAUGAUCACAGUGGGGAAUAA